AUGUGUAUAUUAACAAGAGCAUUGAUACGCGUGAAAAGAUACACUCAUAUAUGCAAGUUCAGCACACAUGGUUGCCGUCGACAGAAGUAUACUACAGAUGAUAACCCACUUGAGCCGAAUAAUACCAUUAUUGGUGCAGAAGAAGAUGGAAGAUGGCCUAGAAGAAUAGUAUCAGGUCUACAACCAACUGGAGCCUUGCAUGUUGGUAAUUACUUUGCUGCGGUGCGCCGUUGUGUACAGCUGCAAGAGCAAGGACAAGAUGUGAUGAUGUUUAUUGCUGAUUUGCAUGCUUUAACCACAAAACAGGUGAGCCCGGCCGCGAUGCAAGACAACACACUGCAGUUGACGGCAUAUCUGCUGGCCAGCGGCUUGGACCCGGCGCGCACCGUGCUGUUCGCGCAGUCGGCCGUGCCGCGUCACGCCGAACUGUGCUGGGUGCUGACAUGCCUGGCCACGCAGGCCCGCCUCGCCCAUCUGCCGCAAUACCGCGAACGCACCGCCGGCGGCGGCGACCUCGGCGCCGGGCUCCUGCUGUACCCGGUUUUGCAGGCGGCCGACGUGCUGCUCUACCGCGCGACGCACGUGCCCGUCGGCGCCGAUCAGCUGCAGCACCUGCAGUUGGCCGCGUUGCUCGCGCGCACGUUUCGGCACCGCUACGGCCCCGCCUUUCCGACGCCCCGCGCGUUGCUGCCCGCCGACGGCAGCGACCGCGUGCGCAGCCUGCGCGACCCCGCCAAGAAGAUGUCCAAAUCCGACCCGGACCCCAAGUCGCGCAUCGUGCUCGCCGACUCCGACGACGCCGUCCGCGCCAAGAUCAGAAAGGCCGUGACCGACUUUACGCCUCAGGUGACGUUCGACCCGGCGACGAGACCGGGCGUGUCCAACCUGGUGCUGCUGCAAUGCCUGGCCGAGGACAAGACGCCCGAAGAGGUCACCGACGAGGCGGGGGGACUGACGACGGCGCAGUAUAAGCGGGUGGUGGCCGAAGCGCUCGUUUCCGUGCUCGGCCCGAUGCGCGCGCGCGCCGAGGAGCUGCAGUCGCGGCCGCGGCUGCUGCGCGACGUGCUGCGCCACGGGGCUGCGCGCGCUCGACGCCGGGCCGACGCCGUGUACGCCGACGUGGCCGCGCUCACGGGUUUGGCGCCGGUCGAGCUCAUGGAAGCCGACAAGAAGCUGAAGGUUGCAUAG